CAUCACCAAGGACUUUGAAGGCAGCAUUGUGUCACGUGACCAACGCACAGCUGAGGGACAUUGGGGGAGGCUGGCCCGCUGCUAGCCUGUUAGCCACUUUAGCCUGUCUCUAAUCCUGGUAGAAAAUAGCCAUUUCCGUUCAGCUCUUUCGAACAAAAUCACCCGAGGGAGAUAUGCCACAAGCCAUGGAGAGGAUGCAAUGCGCGCGGCUGUCCUCUGUAUCCUCUCAUAUAAUCCAUUUCUGGUUAGAUGUCAAUGUCAUUAUGUGUAGCUAGGGCUGUACACUUAGCUAGCUUGUGUCUGGUUAACGCAGGGCCAAGGCCAAGGCCAGGAGAGACGAGAGAGGCCGUCGGUGUAGGUGACAAUAUCAGUCUGGACGCCAGGUUGUAGGGACUGGUCCUUCUGAUACAACCACCUGAACACCUGUGAAAGGCAUUUGCUCUGUAGGUGGACAGAGAGGAGGAGUAGGAGGUUGUGUUUUGGAUCAGACUUUUGAAGUUGUCUCCACUACCAUCUUCGUGACCAUCAUCCUCAGCUGAGCCAUGUCUUCGUCGGGGUGCUGCCACCUACCUGGCUCCCUUUGUGAUUACUCUGGGAAUGCAGAAUCUGAUACCUCCAAGGAUUCGGAGGAGUCUGAUUCUACUGGGCAAGCCCAGUACAUUGCCAAGGUUACGGCCAAAGAUGGCCGCCCACUCUCCACCGUUGUCAAAGCGGUGAGCUUACAGAGUGAUGUGGGCAUGUGUCGGAUUUGUCAUGAGGGAGCUGGAGGGGAGACACUGCUCUCACCCUGUGACUGCACUGGUACGCUGGGUAAAGUGCACAAGAGCUGCUUGGAGAAGUGGCUGUCCUCCUCCAACACCAGCUACUGUGAACUCUGUCACACAGAAUUCACCAUUGAACGACGACCACAACCACUCACACAGUGGCUGAAGGACCCAGGCCCUCGCAGUGAGAAGCGCACGCUGCUGUGUGACAUGGCCUGUUUCCUUCUCAUCACGCCGCUGGCAGCCAUCUCUGGCUGGCUGUGUCUGAGGGGAGCCCAGGACCACCUGCAACUAAAGAGCAGACUUGAGGCUGUCGGACUCAUCGCCCUCACCAUUGCCCUCUUCACCAUCUACAUACUCUGGACACUGGUGUCAUUUCGGUAUCACUGUCAGUUGUACUCGGAGUGGAGGAGGACCAAUCAGAAAGUGCGCCUGCUCAUGCCUGACAUGAAAGGGGCACACACCACUCAACGUUCUGUGCCGACCAAGUCGACCAAGAAAAUGACUGACGAGACCAUCGUAUGAGUGCAGACUGGUGGCAUAAGGAAUAUUUAAAAUAAAGCCCACUGAAGCACUACCUAAAGAUUAAUCAUGAUAAUAAUUUUUUGCACUUCAUAAGGACCAUUCUGAGAGGGGAGAGGUACCUCCUCCUCCUGUUUUCUUUUAUUGAAGCACUUGAUGUAAACUACUACGAUAUUGGCCGACCACAAAUGUGGUUUUGGGAAGAACUCAUUCCGGAGUCAUAGUAGAUGUGGAAACACAGAGUUGUCACUGGACAGCCAGUGCUGGGAUGUGAGCGACUGAAGACAUGGAUAAUGGACUAACCAGCCCAACUGCACGUCCGUGACACAAACUUUUGAAAUACUAGGACACACGCUAAUGUAGCAGGAUAUAACUGAUUCAGCAUGCUACUACAAUAUAAUAGGAAACGUAUUCACUACCUAUAAUUCCCACAUGCCCCUUCACAAUGUAUUUAGCUGUUUUUGAACAGCUGAGGAGAAUAACCUGAGACAUGUUUGAACAAGUCUUUCUGUGAAUAUCCUUUCUUGACAAGUAGAGGGCGACAGUGGCCCGUACCAAUGUUGUUGUCUACAAUCUGAACCCCUUUUGAAAUUUCUUGCUAAAGCUUAUCAUUGCUGUAUGAACGUUGAAAAUCAGAUAUUUUUCCUGUGCAGACAACAGCUAAGGCAUCACAUAUUUAUCACACUUGUCACACAGGGUCAGUGACGAUUAUAGUAUGUGAGACAACACCAACUGAGGCCAUUAAACGGCAGUGCAGUAAUGCAUAAAGAAAUGGUGUUGACGGUGUGAAAAAGUGUUUACAUUCUAAUUGGUUUCUACUAUUGUCAUCCAAGUGCAUUAGCAAACAGCCCUGUUCCACUUGUAAAUGCACCAUUCAUAAUUUGAGCUGCCUAGCAAUGAACAGUAGUUAUCAUUUCCUUCAACGCGAGGGAUGCAAUUUUAAAUAGAAGCGAUACAGUGUUCAGAAUAGUGAGACUACAGACUUUUGCCCGAUAUAAAUACAGCGAUAUACCAGAGCAAGCUGGUAUUCAGUAAAGGUGAAAAAGAAAAAUGUGUUUUGAGAUGUCAAUCAAUGUGUGCAGCAUAUGCUAUACAAAGUAUUUUGUGUUAUUGUAGUCUUCCUGCUGCAUCCCCCUGAAAGUUGGGUUAUUGUGCAAUAAAACAAGAGGGACUCCUGGACUAAAUCAAUGUGAAAA